GGAUGAUACAAUAUCAAAAAAGCAAAAGACGUGAUGAAAAUAGUAGAAAAUAGGUUAGUUUAUGUUUAUUUUUUAUUAUUAUUACUAUUAUUAUUAUUUUACCAUUACUAUUUCAUUGAAUUGUAUAUACUUCUUUAUUUCCAUAUCACCAUUCACCUUUUUUUAUUUUAUUUUGUUCUCUUUUCACCCCCCAAUCACACACACAAUUUGAAAUAAAAGAAAAAAAAAAAGUGAACCAUA